UGCUGGUGACAAGCAAGGUGACGUUUGUGAGUGGGAUUCAGGUGUCAAGAGCAGCCAGGAUUUACCAACAGACCUUUUGAUGACUGACGGGUGUAUUUCCCACUGAAAAAGCCAUCUGUGAAUCCCAAACGUGGUUUCUUCCUUGCUUGGAAAUGCGACGUGUCCUAGACCUGAGGUUAAAAUGCAAAGUUUAAGAAAGAAACGGUCAAAACUCCCCAGGGGUGCCCGUGUCCAGUGUGUGUUGUGCAGAUUGAUGUUAAUGACGAGGAAAACGCAGCUGCUCUGGACCACAUCAGUGAGUUACUUCUCAUUGUUGCAGGAGGAAACUCCUGUUUCUUUAGGAAUAAGGAUAGUUGUGAAAUACAUAUGGUUUAAAACACAACGCACAGGUGGACCGGUCCUGAAGGAACGCCGAGAUUAUCUGCAAAACGUGAGUUAAUUACUAAAGCAAACGACCUGUCACCGCAGGAGAAACCCGCUCAAGGGAGGUCUUAAUAAAACCGGAGCGAGAGGCCUCCAGGACUCAGGGUUUGGCCCGGGAUCAAGAUGUUUCUCUGCAGGAAGCUGUUGUGGCCAUAAAAAUGUCUGUCCUUUUAAUCAGGGGUUUGUUUCUCUUGUCAAGUCCCGGCUGAGAUUUCCCUUCGCAGCUUCUCCGAACAUCUGGUUGUUGUCACGUUGUUAUUAUCAACCUUGGAGUGAACGAUUGGGCUCUCCCAUGUUAUGCAAUUGCUUUGAAUGUUAUGAAGUUAUUAAAAAUGAUAAACAUGUGGGGUUUUGUCCUGGUUUCAGCAGCAAGCGCUAAACACGAGGCUUAGCGUAUCGCCUAACUCUGGGUUUUACCAGCGAUCUGUCGCGAGAUUUGUGGCAAAAUGUGAAAGUUGUCAAAAGCCUCAUUUAUUUCUACACGUGUAGGUAUUUAACUCCGGCCGCCGAUGGAAUCGUGGUACAGUCGUGCUGGUUUAUGUGACGAUUAAAGAACAAUAACGUGGUUUGCACACACCAACGUGGUUGCAAGGCGCUGUCGACACGUGCGCCGCAGAUGAUCCCGUCGCCAGCUCCGCGUCAAUUGACGCACCCAGACCUGCUGCUCUGUGAGUUUCAGACGAUCGCCGUCCUCUUUGACAUUCAACUUCUGAUUUUUGGGAUGCUUUCAGAAGGAGACCUGCUCUUUGUGUUCCUGAUACGACCAGAACGAAAAUACCACCGUGACGCAAAGGUCUUGAACCUACUCCUGAAGAUGUUUUUGCGCUUUGCGUGACUGCAUUACGAGUAACACGAACAGAACACACUUGGUUCUGCAAACACGUUACAGAUUCAAAAACUCAUCCCUAAAAAGGCCACAAGGUUGAAACUUCUCCAGGGCCGUGGAGAUAUAAUCUCAAACUCAGGCUACAAGCGGUUUGUGUCUUAUAUGAACGUUCUGAUACGUGCGUCAUCCAGUUUAUAAAGGGUUAAUAACUAUAAUUCGUUCUCUUGAUGGUGCUUUUUUACAAGGACGCUCGGUAAAAGAUGAGCCCCAAAUUCCACGCACUGUAACAUCAGUUCAAUCGGGAGCUCACGUUUUAUUUUCUGCUUGUACUCGAAGGAAUUGGUGUAAUUGUUGGCAGACCCAGUGCAGGCUCUAAAAGCUGAAAACAAAGAGUUUUUAUUACAUCCGCGUUGGAAGAACCACGAUCGAUGUGUCGAUAAGAGUUCUCUGCUUUGCUAAAGCGUGGUUGGGAACUCGGUGAUGACGCUUCGCUGAGAUUGACGUUUCAAUGCAGGAUGCCUGUGCUUGCCAGUUUUUAAUUAUUUUAAUACGAGCCGCGUUUUAUUUUGUAGUCCAGCCCUAUUUCCAACUCCUGCAGGUGCCGAGUGUCGAGAACAAAAUUCAGAGAGCGGCAUUUUUGCGCAAUAACUCGCACAAAACACUUGGUGUGAAGAGGUUAACAGAGCGUGUUUAUCUCAUUCGGGGGAAAAGGCUCCGUUCACUAAACAAGAAAUGAUAAGAGAAGUAACGUCGCCCAGGAAGUACCGUCCUUUAAAAAAAUACCUGGGAAACAACAGACUAAUUCUUAGGGAGAGUUUAGCAGAAUCCAAGCUUUGAGAGCUACGUUUCUGCUGCGUUUCUGUCCCGCCGAGUUGGGAAAGCUGAAUAUUAUCCUGUUUUUAUCCCGUCCCCGCGCAGCCCCGGCCGUGCUGGAUCCUCCCCUUGGCAGGGGCUCCCGGUCCGGCCCCCUCGCUGCUCUAUAAAUCACCCUCCGGCGCCUUUUCCUGCUCAACCAUCCAGCCGUCAGCCCCCGAUCACCAUGGCGAAAUGCGGAGCCUGCGGUCCGGGAUACGCGACUCCUCUGGAUGCCAUGAAAGGUCCGCGGGAGGAGAUCGUGUACCUGCCCUGCAUCUACCGGAACACGGGCGUCGAGAAGCCCGACUACCUGGCCACGGUGGACGUCGACCCCAAAUCUCCGCACUAUUGCCAGGUGAUCCAUCGCCUGCCCAUGCCCAAUCUGAAGGACGAGCUCCAUCACUCCGGCUGGAACGCCUGCAGCAGCUGCUUCGGGGACGCCACCAAGAGCAGAAAUCGCCUCAUUCUCCCCAGUCUCAUCUCCUCUCGGAUUUACGUGGUGGACGUGGGAACGGACACGCGAGCUCCCCGGAUCCAUAAGAUCGUUGAGCCGGUGGAGUUGUUCUGGAAGGGGAACGUGGCUCAUCCUCACACCUCGCACUGUCUGGGCAGCGGUGACAUCUUAAUCAGCUGCUUGGGAGACCCUGCUGGCAACGGAAAAGGUGGUUUUAUUUUGCUGGAUGGAGAGACCUUUGAAGUGAAAGGGAAUUGGGAGAAAGGGGACAAGGUGCCGCCUCUGGGUUAUGAUUUCUGGUACCAGCCGCGCCAUAACGUCCUCAUCAGCAGCGAGUGGGGAGUGCCGAAGGUCCUGGCAGAUGGAUUCAACCCCGCCGACGUCGAGAGAGGGCAUUACGGCCGCCACAUCAACGUGUGGGACUGGAGCUCCCGCACCUUCGUCCAGGCCAUCGACCUGGGGAAGGGCUCCACCCCCCUGGAGAUUCGCUUCCUCCACCACCCGGCCGCCGCAGAGGGGUUUGUGGGGUGCGCUCUGAGCGGCGCCGUGCAUCGCUUCUACAAGACCGAGAAAGGAGACUGGGCGGCGGAGAAGGUGAUUGAAGUCCCCAGCAAGAAGGUGCGAGGAUGGCUCCUCCCGGACAUGCCGGGUCUGAUCACCGACAUCCUCAUCUCGCUGGACGACAGGUUCCUGUAUUUCAGCAACUGGUUACACGGGGACGUGCGCCAGUACGACAUCUCCGACACCCGCCGGCCGCGCCUGGUGGGACAGGUGUUUGUGGGGGGCAGCAUCACCAAAGGGGGACCCGUGACCGUGCUGGAUGACAAGGAACUGCAGCGUCAACCGGAGCCUUUUGUCAUCCAGGGGAAGAAGGUGCCGGGUGGACCUCAGAUGAUCCAGCUCAGCUUGGAUGGGAAGAGAUUGUACGUCAGCACCUCCCUCUACAGCGGCUGGGACAAGCAGUUCUACCCGGAUCUUGUCAGGGAAGGCUCCGUGAUGCUGCAGAUCUAUGUGGACACGGAAAGAGGCGGAUUGAAAGUGAAUCAAAACUUCCUGGUGGAUUUUGGGAAGGAACCUGACGGGCCCGUCCUGGCCCAUGAGAUUCGUUACCCUGGCGGGGACUGUAGCUCUGAUAUCUGGGUUUAAUCAUUAAUGGAGCUUUUUUGGUGAUGGAGACGCUGUUCUUAAAUAUAACAACCCCAUCAGGAGGAUCAUUCCAUGGGCUGGGGGCCAAAAGGCUUCAUUUGCUCAUAAAGCCCUUGGUGCUUUGCAUGGCAUAAAAAUCACGCGCAUCUCAUCCAUAGCCACAUAUUUCUAGAGCCGCGUUAUAUUUUAACACACGGGCACUGAUGUUAUAAAAAAAUCAACUAUAAAAUUGUUCUUCAACUCA